AACAGAGUGAUACCGAGUCGGUGUUUAUCUCGGCAUUAAAGGUUCAGAAUCACGGUUCAGUUGGUUUCGGUUCGACGAUUAUAUCCGAUCUACAAACUAUAUUGCACAUUCAUUAUUUUUACUUUGGUGGCAAGCAAUAUUUUUCUCAGUUGUCUUAAAUGUCUUGAGUAGUAUUAAGAGGUGUUCCUGUCACUCGUUAUAUCUAAAAUUUAAGUCAUGUCUACCUUUAUUUGUGGCUUCAUAUUCAACUUUCAUGAAAUAAAAUUGGCCGUAUUAUUGUUCUGUUACUCGGAGACAGUAUGUUUCCUUUUGUGGGAAAAUUAUAGGUUUACUUUAGAGCGCUUUCCUCACACAUAAGAAUAUAGACCAAACUGUUUUUUACGGCCAAUAUUUAUUAUUUAAUAGAAUAAUAAGGAUAUUUAUUUAAAUUUCUCACUUUUUGGUGCCGGCGAUUUCAGCAUCGUACAAACCAAACAGGAUCAUAUCCAAUUGUCUUACCUAAAUAAUGUGAACCGGUGUAUCUAAAGAGAUUUAUAAGUCAGCUUCUUAAUUGUCGACCAACAGCUAGGGAUGUUAUUUUUCACGGUUGAAAGUAAAUAAACUCUUUAGCUGUAAUGAUUAGUCUUUUUUCCAUUCGUAUUCCAGAAAAUUUGUCUGGCAUACAUCGUGAUGUCGUCCAAUGUUGGUCUUAUCAGUCGUCAAUGUAAACGUACGUGCGAUCGUUACCAGUUUUUCGACCAAAAAAUAGCCGUCGAAAAGUUAACUGGUCUUGUUUUAGUUGGCGAGACGUUCAACAACCAUUGUUCUGAAAAUACAGAUGCGAAAACAACAAAUCCUGUAACGAAAAAUUACAUUUCUUCCCUUCAAAAGUUUCAUUGUAAUAUAUGUCAAUUGAAAAUGGAUAAUGCAGUAGAUAUGGUAUCUUUCACAAAAAAUGUUCUAUGCUAACGAUUAUUUUUUCACUCCAGCGGGAACACUUCAAAAGUGAAUGGCAUAUCUGCAAUAUAAAUCGAUCCUUACGUGGUUAUUUUCCACUAAAUUUUGAUCUAUUCGAAACUUUAAAACAAGAGAAAAUAGAAAAUGUUUCGGAAAUAAAUACCAUCGAUCAAAUUGGAAUGAGUCCAAUUAAUUCACCGUCAGCAACUAUAGAACCGUAUAUUGACAACAAUGACUGCGAUCAUGGUACAUCAUCUAAAAGGGUCACUAAUUCGUCACUUACUGCGUCGUCACAUAAGCAGAUGUUAUUUUUCCGAAAUUAUAAUUCAGAAAUAGUUGGAAUAAAUCGUUGUGUUCUAUUUACUAGGAAGACUAUGCCUUUAACAAUGGAUGAGUUGCUGGCAUCUGUUUCGCGUGUUCGACAAAGUCGGAAAUGGGCUAUCCUUCUUUAUUCUGGAGGUAAAUUUGCUGGUGGCAUUUUUGAUGGAACAAACGAGAUUGUUCAUAAAACUUUGCGCAACUAUACAGUACGAGCUAAACAAGGUGGUGGUCAAUCGUCUUAUGAUUCACAAUGUGGUGGUCUUGGCGGAGUGAAAUCAGCUGGUGCUAAUCUUCGACGUCAUGGUGAAGCAGCUAUUCGUAAUGAAAUAAGUGAUCUUUUACAUAAUAAAUGGCGUGUUCUGUUACAAUCUUGCCAGCUGAUAUUUUUGUGGUCUCCCAAAGUACAUCGAAGUAUAUUUUUUAAUCCACCUGUAUCAUCCUCAUCUGUGCCAUCUAAUCAUAAAUUUACCGGUGAUAAUUUGAAUGAAUCAACUGACUAUUCUUCGAUUAAUUCCAGUUAUCGGAUUUCCUCACCUCUUGUCCCAGAUUCAUUAGCUUCAAAAGCUUGUGACUGUCGACUUGGAAUGACAAUAGAUGAUCCAAGAUUACGCAGAAUACCUUGCCGUAGUAAACAUAUCACAUAUUUACACGUAAAAGAAUUACACAAAGAAUUGUCAACUUUUGAUGUUUAUGAUCCUGAUGCUAAUCUGGAGUUUCUCAGUAAAUCAGGUCGAAAUCAAUGGCGCAAAUUAUCUGAAAGCGGUGAUGAAACUUUGUUAGAAACUAAAAGUGGUCGAUUAAUUUACGGUCCACUUAGCCUACUAGAAACUAGUCCUAAAAAGAAUUUAUUGUCAUCAAGUUCAGAUAAUUCUGAUUUGUCAGAUUGUGUCAGUUCACAAGACGAUACUGAUGAUGAUAGCAAUGAUGAUCGAGUGGAGCAGAUUAUGAACUCAGAAAAUAAUAUUAGGAAAACCACAGAAACUGUCAGGAAGACAAAACCAAACAGUCAAUCUUCAUUGCUUUCGACUUCCAAUGAUUCCGAAAGUAAUGAUGUCAAAGCAAUGACUGAUAAUUUCGAAGAUUUAUAUUUCACCUAUCAAAGUUGGCAUAGACGUUUACGUGUAGCAAUUGCUUCUGGAGAUUUAGUUAUUUUACGAUCUUUAUUACCAAUGGAUAUUUCCAAUAUAACUCAAAGCGAUAAUUUAAAUGAAUUGGAGGAAACAGUACAUAAUUCAACUACUUCUUUGAAUACUACUACCACUACUGCUGCUACUACGACUAAUAUGCUGACCACCACUAAUACAUCCUCUACUGAGUGUACUUCACCUGGAUCAUCAACCGUUCCACCAUAUCGUGUUUGUUUAAAAUUAAUUAAUCAUCCAUUAACUGAUGGACGAAGACUUUUACAUGUAGCUGUAGAAUUUCAAAGUGAUCCUGAACUAAUUCGUUUAUUACUUGAAUGUGGAUGUGAUCCAGCAUUUAGUGAUGGGGAUGGUAUAACACCUUAUCAAUUAGCUACACGAUUGCAUAAAAAAUCAAUAGCUAAUGUGUUUCGACGUUUCCGAUUUCAUCAUCCGAAUCGUUAUGAUUAUGAAAAAGCUAAAAUACCUGCUCCAUUGGAUCCGUCAAAAGAGGCUGCCAAACUUGAACGUGAUCGUGAACGCACAAAACGACAAAAACAACGACAAAAAGAAAAACGUAAUGCAGAACGUGCAGCUAUUGAACAACAAAAGAAAGAUGCUGAAGAACAAGCACGUUUUUUAGCUUUAUCCGAUCGCGAAAAACGCGCUAUCGUGACAGAACGUCGUUUGAUUUCUUCUGGUUCUGCGACUGGUGAACCAUUCAUGGUAUUCAGUCGUUGUUUUCAAUGCGGUUGUGAUAUCAGUGGUAAAGUUCCAUUCAAUUACAUGGAUUAUAAUUUCUGUACAUCGAAUUGUUUAAAACAACAUCGUUUAAAAUCAAUAAAUAAUAACAGGUAAUACAAUUUGUAAAAAAAUAAUCACCAACAAACUAUUUAUUGUUUUUGAUUCAAAGACUUUUUUCUUAAAUUUAACUUCUUUAAUACAUUGAAAUGAAAUGACAACCAUUUUAGAAUGAUUUUUAAAAUUAUAAUCAUUCAUGAUUAAUAAUAAUAAUACUGAGAUGGUGGAGAAGAUUUGUAGCUCAAGUGGAUGAUUUUGAUGGAGUUUUGUUCUCUGAGCUGGAUGGUUUGGUCGUGGAGCUUUCAUCAUUCUUCUUCAGGUAGAAGUUCUACCUGAAGUUUGUGCCGGUGAUGUCGUUCAGAAGAACGAUGAAAGCUCCACAACCAAACCAUCCAGCUCAGAGAACGAAACUCCAUCAAUAAUAAUACUAUCAUUAUUAUUAUUACUAUCAUUAUUAUUAUUAGUAGUAUUAUUAUUAUUCGUUUUGUAUAAAAUGAGAUGAAAUUGAAAGUGUUUAUCAACAUGAAAAGUGUAUUUCCCAAUUAAAAAACAAACAAGUGAUUGAGAGUAAUACUUUUAUUAUUAUUAUUAUUAUCAUCAUUAUUUUCUUCAUUAAUGUGAAUGAAUUGUACACUAUAGAGGAAAUCAAUAAAUUGUUUCCUAAGUUUGAAUAGUUGUUUCAAUAAUCACUAUCCCUAUUUUUUGAUAUUCAUGAACGAAUAUUAAAUCUAAAUGUAAUGAAAUGAAUAUUCUAAUUGACCAAGUAUUUUGUCUUGUCGUUUAUUUUAAAAAUUGGAAAUAACCGAAAUCUACCGACUCAUCAAAGUUGUUUGGAUAACCGAUGUGGAUUGUAUUUAGUAAUGGAUAAUGUUAUGUUACUAUUGAUUCCUGUUGUACAGUAAUUGAUUUAAUAAGCC